AUGUCUCUUUUUAAAGCUAGAGAAUGGUGGGAAAUUAAUUUAAAUGAAAAAGAUUGUUACGAUUCGCAAAGUUUGUUAAUAAUAAAACUUCAUUCUGAUGAUUAUCAAAGCGUUAUCCUCGGUAAUCACAAGGGUUUUCUUCGUUUAUUUUCACCCUCAUCGAAAAUUAAUGACGGACUCAUAACAGGUUUUCAACCGUCAAAUUUAUUAUUGGAAAUUCAAUUGUCAUUCCCGAUUCUUCAAAUUGAUGAAGGUUUUUUAGUUUCGGGAUCUCGAGAUAAACAACUGGCAGUUCUACAUCCGAGACUUUUCUCCGUGUACAGCAUUAAAAAAAAAGAAAGCAAUGAAACUGAAGCAGGUCACCAAAUCGUAACAGAACUUAUAUAUCAGCAUUCACUACAACAUUCUGCACAUUCUUUUACUCUUGGAUAUUUUGGAGGUGUCAAAGGUCGCCAUUUUAUCUGCAUUCAAUCUUUAGACGGACUCCUAUCAUUUUACGAACAAGAAUCUUUUGCUUUUCAAUUAUAUUUGCCUAAUUUUGUUAUUCCUUCAUCAUUUACUUACAUUGAAAAAUUGGAUUCCUUUUUAUUUUUGAACGGAUAUCUAACAAUUGAUUGUUAUUCCUACGAAUCUCUGGCUUCGGCAAGUAAAAAUAAAAAAAUAUGGAAAAAAUGGGAAUACAAUUUAGGAGAAAGCAUAAUAGGGUUUCAAACGGUAUCAAAAAACGAAUUGAUAAUUAUUAUUUUAUCUGAAAGAAAUUUAUACGGUCUCAGCGAAAAUGGAAAUCUUACAUUCACAAAACGUUUGGAAUACAAACCUUUGACGUUUUCUUCUUUUUUAACGGAAGAGAAUAAAUUAAUUAUUGUUGUGGCUACGGAUGCACAAAUUAUAAAUGUCUACGAAGAAACAAAAUUAAAAUGGUCUUUUAAAAUUAGCCUGACACCAGUUUGCAUUCACAGAAUAUUUUUGAAUCAAUUACCAGGAGGACUUCUUCUCUUGUCCGAAGAUGGUUUACUUCAAUGUGUUUACCUGGGAACGCAUCCCUCAAUUUAUGUCGUGUCUCCAUUACACGAAACCGAUCUCGAUUUACAAAAUGCAGAAACAGAAUUAAAAGAUCUUCAAAACAAAAUACUCAGCAAUGAUUUAACUCAUCCAUUACAAGAUACAAUUAAUAUAAAUGUUGUAAUUGACAAAACAAUAAAACUUUACGAUAAUAUAAAAUCAUGCGAUGUUAUAAUAACAAUGGAUUCACAAUUUUUAAUAAAUAGACUUCAUGUAUUAAUUAACGUGGAUCCCCCAUUACAAGCCACUCCCUCAACAACAUUCUAUCAAAAUUUUUCAGGAAAAACAGAAAUAAUAAGUAAUAUUUCAGUGAAAGGAAUCGAAAUACCUUGGAAUUUAGAAAUAAUGAUAAUAAUUUCAUAUACCACAAAAGAAGGUGUUGGAAAAUGCAUAACAAAAAAAGAAAUUUUACCAUUAAAUCUUGUUUUAUCAGAGGGUAGACCCAUUAAAGAAUCCCCCCACAAAUUAACAUUCACAAUAAAUAAACCUUUGAUCGACAUAAAUCAAUUUUUUAAAGGGAUAUUAACGGAAACGUCAGGUACGAACGCAAUAGGAUUAAAUUAUUUAAAUUCGGAGGAAAAUGACAUAACAAUUCUUGCAGCUAAAUUUUCCAAAAGGUAUCGCCUUCAGAGUGAAUCCCUACCAUCCCUAUCACUCCCGAUAUAUUUAAUGAUAAAAAAAUUACAGAAGCAAUAUGAGAAAAAUGCAGAUUUUAAAAUAAUGUACUCGAUGCCUUUACCUCUAGAUGCCUAUAACGAAACAUUAACGAAACAUAAUAAUUUAUAUUUAAAAAGAAAAUGGUUGGAAGAAAAACUAUUGAAAGAAACGUCACAGUAUAAAACAAUAAUAAAAAAAAUAAUAAGUAAUUAUAAAGAUACGACGACGAUUGGAAAAAAUUCAAAAAAUUUUUCUAAAAUGCUCGAAAUGACAUCGAAACAAGCAUUGAAUACGAUGAAUGAAUUGAAUGAUUUGGAAAAUGAAUUAAUUAAAUCGAAAUCCGUUAUAAAUUCAUUAAAUCAAUUAUUAUCGAUUAUUCUCGAAUCUAUGACGUAUCGCGAAACGAAUGGAAAUCUUAUUAAAAACGUAUUCAAUUCGAAUAUUUACGAUUCAGACGAACAGGGUUGGUUGGAAAUUCAAGAAGCUGCCGCAUCAUUUUUCCUAAGGGAAAUAUUAACGAAAACAAAUAAAGAAAAAGAAAAACAUUUUAAAAUUAAUUUGGAUACCAUGAAAGAUACAAAUAAAUUAACCAAACAUUUAUCGACUUUUAUCGAUAGAGUUUUGAAAAAUAUACAAUAUCAAGGUCCGGAAAUCAACGUCGAAGAUGAAAAAUUUUUCAACGAUAUUAUCCCACCCGGUACUAAAUUUAUAAAUUUAAAUGAAAAUCCUUCCCCCCCCCCCAACGAAAUGAAUAAAAAAUAA